GAGCCUGGCGCCCGCCGGGCGCAGUCGCGGCAUGGAGCUGUGAGCUCCCGCGCCCGCGCGAGGGUGUCGGCCCGGGGCCCCGCCAUGGCUGGGAAGGACAGUGGGAACCUGAAGACGGUGAGGCUGUGGCGGGACGCCGCCCUGCGCGCCAGGAAGCUGCGGAGCAACCUGCGCCAGCUCACCCUCAGCGCGGCCGGGGGCUGCCCGGGGGUCGGGGCCGACCAGAUCGACUCCCCCGACGCCCCCCAGCUCGUGCUGCCGGCCAACAUCGGGGACAUUGAGGUGCUGAACCUGGGGAACAACGGCCUGGAGGAGGUGCCCGAGGGGCUGGGGUCGGCGCUGGGCAGCCUGCGCGUCCUGGUCCUGCGGAGGAACCGCUUUGCCCGGCUGCCCCCGGCGGUGGCCGAGUUGGGCCACCACCUCACCGAGCUGGACAUGAGCCACAACCGACUGACGGCCCUGGGCGCGGAGGUGGUGAGCGCCCUGCACGAGCUGCGCAAGCUGAACCUCAGCCACAAGCUGCCCGCCCUGCCCGCCCAGCUGGGCUCGCUGGCCCACCUGGAGGAGCUGGAUGUCAGCUUUAACCGGCUGGCGCACCUGCCCGACUCCCUCUCCUGCCUCUGCCGCCUGCGCACCCUCGAUGUGGACCACAAUCAGCUCACCGCUUUUCCUGGGCAGCUGCUGCAGCUGGCUGCCCUGGAGGAGCUGGACGUGUCCAGUAACCGGCUCCGAGGCCUACCUGAGGGUAUCAGUGCCCUGCGUGCCCUUAAAAUCCUCUGGCUGAGUGGGGCCGAGCUUGGCACCCUGCCUGAGGGCUUCUGUGAGCUGGCCAGCCUGGAGAGCCUCAUGCUAGACAACAACAGGCUGCAGGCUCUGCCCGCCCAGUUCAGCCAUCUGCAGAGACUCAAAAUGCUCAACCUCUCCUCCAACCUCUUUGAGGAGUUCCCUGCCGCGCUGCUGCCCCUGGCUGGCCUGGAGGAGCUCUACCUUAGUCGCAACCAGCUCACCUCAGUGCCAUCCCUGAUCUCAGGCCUGGGCCGGCUCCUCACCCUGUGGCUGGACAACAACCGGAUCCGCUACCUGCCGGACUCCAUUGUGGAGCUGACGGGCUUGGAGGAGCUCGUGCUGCAGGGCAACCAGAUCGCUGUGCUGCCGGACAACUUUGGCCAGCUCUCCCGGGUGGGCCUGUGGAAGAUCAAGGACAACCCACUGAUCCAGCCGCCCUACGAGGUCUGUAUGAAGGGGAUCCCCUACAUCGCAGCCUACCAGAAGGAGCUGGCCCACUCCCAGCCGGCAGUUCAGCCCCGCCUCAAGCUGCUCCUGAUGGGCCAUAAGGCUGCCGGGAAGACCUUGCUCCGGCACUGCCUCACUGAGGACAGAGUGGAGGCAAGUGAAGGAGGGGACAAGGAGAAGGGCUACUCACCUCCACCGCCGCCCGCGAGCAAGGGCAUCGAGGUGACCAGUUGGACAGCCGAUGCUUCCCGGGGCCUGCGGUUCAUUGUGUAUGACUUAGCUGGAGAUGAAAGCUACGAGGUGAUCCAGCCCUUCUUCCUCUCCCCGGGGGCCCUUUAUGUGCUGGUGGUGAACUUGGCCACCUACGAGCCACGGCGAUUUCCUACCACCGUGGGCUCCUUCUUGCAUCGGGUGGGGGCCCGCGUGCCUCACGCAGUGGUGUGCAUUGUGGGCACGCACGCAGACCUGUGUGGGGAGCGGGAGCUGGAGGAAAAGUGUCUGGACAUCCACCGCCAGAUCGCCCUGCAGGAGAAGCGCGAUGCUGAGGGGCUGAGCCGCCUGGCCCAGGUGGUGGACGAGGCGCUGGCCCGCGACUUCGAGCUGCGCUCAGCCAGCCCCCAUGCCGCGUACUAUGGUGUUUCAGACAAGAACCUUCGGCGGCGCAAGGCCCACUUCCAGUACCUGCUCAACCACCGGCUGCAGAUCCUCUCCCCGGUGCUGCCUGUGAGCUGCAGGGACCCCCGCCAGUUACAGCGCCUUCGGGACAAGCUGCUCUCGGUAGCUGAGCACCGGGAAAUCUUCCCCAACUUACACAGAGUCCUGCCCCGGUCCUGGCAGGUGCUGGAGGAACUGCAUUUCCAGCCCCCUCAGGCACAGCGGCUUUGGCUGAGCUGGUGGGACUCGGCACGCCUGGGCCUGCAGGCAGGUCUGACCGAGGACCGGCUGCAGAGCGCCCUGUCCUACCUGCACGAGAGCGGCAAACUGCUCUACUUUGAGGACAGCCCAGCCCUCAAGGAACACGUCUUCCACAACCUCACCCGCCUCAUUGACAUCCUCAAUGUCUUUUUCCAGAGGGAUCCUUCCUUGUUGCUGCAUAAGCUGCUCCUAGGGACCAACGGAGAGGGCGAGGGAGACGGGGAAAGCUCCCUCGUAAUGGCACUGCCACCGCCGAGCCAGGACCUGCUCCCGGCCACCCAGCUCCAUCAUUACGUGGAGGGCUUUCUGCUUCACGGGCUCUUGCCGGCCCAUGUCAUUCGGUUGCUGCUUAAGCCUCACGUCCAGGCCCAGCAGGAUUUGCAACUGCUGCUGGAGCUGCUGGAGAAGAUGGGACUCUGCUACUGCCUCAAUAAACCCAAGGGCAAGCCUCUGAAUGGGUCCACGGCCUGGUACAAGUUCCCCUGCUACGUGCAGAACGAGGUCCCCCACGCAGAGGCCUGGAUUAACGGGACCAACCUGGCCGGGCAGUCUUUUGUGGCUGAGCAGUUGCAGAUUGAAUAUAGUUUUCCCUUUACCUUCCCACCUGGGUUGUUUGCACGCUACAGCGUCCAGAUCAACAGCCACGUGGUGCAAAGGUCGGACGGGAAACUUCAGAUCUUUGCAUAUCGAGGGAAAGUUCCUGUGGUGGUGAGCUACAGACCCGCCAAGGGGGUCCUGCAGCCAGAUACUCUGUCCAUCGCCAGCCAUGCAUCAUUACCAAACAUAUGGACGGCAUGGCAAGCCAUAACCCCCUUGGUGGAAGAACUGAAUGUCCUACUUCAGGAAUGGCCUGGACUGCACUACACCGUGCACAUUCUCUGUUCUAAGUGCCUUAAGAGAGGGUCGCCCAAUCCACACGCUUUCCCGGGGGAGCUGCUGAGUCAGCCCAGACCGGAAGGAGUGGCCGAGAUCAUUUGCCCCAAGAACGGCAGUGAGCGAGUGAAUGUUGCCUUGGUUUACCCACCUACACCGACUGUGAUCAGCCCCUGUUCCAAGAAGAACGUUGGUGAAAAGCACAGAAACCAGUGACCUUUAUGGCUGUGGAAUUUCCGUGAAGAGACUCACCUGGACCACGUUUCCUACCUGGUAACCCUCCACACUCCCAGUGUGUCGUGAACUUGAGCGCACGGCUCAGGGUGCUCUCAGAGGAGGGAGCCCGCCUGGCCUGCCGAGGAGGUGGGGAGGGGCGGGGGGAGGUCAGGAGAGAGAAUAUGGAGCAAGUGUUUUACAACCUGAACCUCAGAACUGUGACCCUCCAAGGAGAGCGCUACUUGAAGAAAAGAAAAGACAAAAAAAAAAGUCGAAUGGCUUCUCAGGGAUUUUGUUUUCUGUGCACAUAUAAGCCAUAGUUCCAGCGCAGGUGGCAGUGUUUAGAGCACUCAGAUUUCAGUUCUGUUCAAUGUGAACGAGGGCGCGCCUGACCAUUCAUUGCUGUUCCGCAACUAGUGUAAAAUAUGUACAUGUUUAUCUUUAUUUUUAUAAUAUGCAAAGACAUUUAAAUUUAUACAGUUGGAAGCUUCUAGCGUUAGUUAACACUGGGUGCAAUAUUCGCAUGAGAACUGUGCCAAGAUGGGGCUGACUUCUUAUUUUAGCAUAAGACCUUUCUGUUCAUUCUUUACUCUGUAAUCCUUGGCAGAUUAAAAAAAAAAAAGAUACCUGUCUGCCCAUGGGGUAAGGAUUGGCUCGUAGAGGUUGCCAAUAGUCUGCAAGGUGCACGCAGACACUGACUCCUCUCCUUCUGACGAAAGGCCCUGCCUGUGAGCCGCUGGGCAGGGUGCUGGGGUGGUUCCUUUUCGCUGCCACAUGUCACUACUGCUGAGCACAGUGUUCCUCGCUGACUAUUUGUGGUCACUGGUGAUGCACCGAUGGAGGUCUGGGGUUAGGGUUCUUUAGCAGGAGGCUGAAGCAUUAGCGAGUCCAUUGAAAACCUGAGUCUUUUCUUUUAAAAAAAAUUUUUGUAUUGAUUUCAGAGAGGAAGGGAGAGAGAGAAACAUCAGUGAUGCAACAGAAUCAUUGAUCUGCUGCCUCCUGCAUGCCCCCUACUAGGGACGAAGCCCGUAACCCGGGCAUGUGCCCUGCUUGGGAAUAGAACCAUAACCCCCUGUUUCAUGCGUCGACGCUCAACCACUGAGCCACACCGGCAGGGCCUGAGUCUUUCCAUAGCUUAAGAUAAUCAGGAGUCAGUUCUGAAACACGCAGAGAACUCUCAGAGUAAGUGCUCUUUUUUUCUAGGACAGAGUCGGUGAAAUUUAGCAGAGCACUUGGCAAGCCUCCACAUCUGCCUGUCAGGCCUUCAGAUAGUCAAUGGCCUAAUUGGAGAGCAUAAUCCCCCGCUGGUUAUUUAUAAAUACAGAGCCUCUGACUGGUCGGUCUUCUGCCAAGAACUAGGAAAACUUGUUUUAAAAUCUCCACGAAGCAAAACGUAAGAAGCAAACCAAACAAAUUGCUUUCCCUUCGAUUCCUAAUUAGGGCCAAGCAGCAUCUCCUGCAGUAGUAACACCUUCUCGUCUGAGGGAUGUGAGGGACCAUUAACAUCUGCCUCCUCUGCAUGUUGAUCGAAAAUGUGUAAGACUGUUCUCACCCGUGUGAGGCAGGAAAAGCGAGUCCGCUGGUCGUAUUCUCUCAUAAAGUAUUAACUCUUGGAAUGCCACGGUCCACCAAGUGUCCACGAGCAAGUGGCUGCAUCACAAAAAAUCACGAAUCAAUUUUUGUAGACUAUUUUGUGCCCCAGGAGUUAACUUGACCAAUUCCAGAACCUCCAGUUAAACAAGGGUGAUUGCUGAUGAUCAGAAAACCACGUGGAAUCAGACUGUUUCUCCAUUUUUAAAUACUUGAAUAUGACACCUCAAAAUUGAGAUUUUGCUCUCAUGAGAACAGUCACAAAAUCAGUCUGGUGGAGCCCUUUGUCACAGUUCUCGUGUGUGUGCAUGGGCGUGUGUGCGUGUGUGUCAACUGAAUGCUAAUGUUUAAUUGCUUUGUGGACCAUUGAAUCGUAAAAGUUUUUAAUUGGCACGAGACAGUUCCUAAACUGUCAAAUUAACGGAUUUUGCCCCGUCUUUUGUAAAGACUCUUAAGUGUGUGACUUUGAGCUAAUUCUCCUGGGGACCAUAUUAAAUGAAGAAAAAAAAAUGCCCCUUUGGGUGACAUACCCUGAAGAGUGUGUGCUGUUAUUAUGAACAUAAAUGCCCACGUUCUUAAUAUCAAUUUUUCAACAAGUGACGUUUUGUGCUGUCAUCCGAACCCUAGAGAAGCAGAGUAAGAAGAAAUCUUGGGGUCACAUGUGUUUAAGUAAAAAGACCAUGCAGUCGAGGGUCAUGUGACCGAAAGCAGCUCCAGAGAAGCUUGAGACCUUGCCCCAGGGUGGGGGAGGGGUGAAGAUACAGGAAACACUCUGCUCUGUGGGAACUUUCACCGGCUGUGCAGGAAGUCCUUUCCUCCUUCCACACCUGGGAAGACUCGGCCAGCGGAGGCGACAGGCAGGUCCCUAAGCACACGGGGAGUCUUCCCGCCAAGUAGCCCCUGGCCCCCCAAGAAACACCCUCUCCGUCGGUUAUGGUUUCUAUCCCUGCAACUCGCAGUAUCAGAGCCGCUUCCUGGAAUUGUAACGUGCUGCCAGGAUUAAUGUUCUUCCCCUUCCAAGAAAAAAUGACAGUGCUCGUAUUUGACACUUGUGUGAUGGACUCCUAUGACUGAAAAACAUGGAAAGGGCUUGGUGUCAUUCCUGAUGGGUGAUGGGAUGUGUGUUAUUUUUCAUGCCACAGUUUGUGAAUUGUAAUUGCGGUUUCCUAUUUAAUUGUCGUAACCGGGCAGAAAUUAAAAAAAAGUUCAAUAAAAAUACAAAUGUUUAAGCAACUAUA